AUGGCUCUGGAAGCUUAUGCUGCAUCAAAACCUGACAAAAUCGACACCGAUGUCCUCUCCAAAGCUAGGGAAUCUUGUUACAAGGCUCGUGAUGCUUUCUAUGCCUGCCUGGAAAAGGAAUCUGACAAGAAGCCCACAGAGAUUGCAUCUGUGGGCUUGCUAUACCCACUUGAAUGCAAACAACGUAGGAGUGAAUACGUCAAACACUGUCGAUCUUCUUGGGUGAAACAUUUCGAUUGGCAAUACUACCAGAAGAAGAGGGUCCAGACACUUUUGGAUGACCAGGAGAGGGGUGUAAAACGAUAA